UGUUACAGUAUCACUAAUUUUGGUGGGAAACCCCAUCCUCUUGUUUAUGUGAACUCAUCAGUCCUACCAGUAAAACCAAUUUCAUAUAUCAAUUAUCAUAUAAAUCCACCAAAUAUUCCCAAAUCCCAUUCGCUCAGCAACAAAUCCAAACUCUGUUUCGUGCUUCCUUUUCGCCGGUUCUCGUCUUUGGUUUUGCAAGAUCCAGUUUUCGCUCACUCUCAGGUUCGCUUUCUCCUCGUUUCCUUAGAAUCAAUCGAAUAAGAUGAUGGUGAUUAUGAUCGAUUCCGGCUCUUUUUCUCAUACCUAUCCUUGCUUGCCUGCCAUUAGAUUUCUAGUGUUUCUUCUCGCCCAUUUUUUGGAUAUUCGGAAGCUUUCUCUAUAUCUGGAAUUACUACGUCGCGGUUAUCAUCACUUUUCCGAUUCUUAGGUUUAGGGUUAUUUAAGGAUUGCGUAUGAGAUUGGAUUUUCCAUUGUGGGAUUUUUUUGGAAUUUCGAGGACCAGAAAAUUGAAAGUCGAGGGCUUUGGUAUUGGAGAAGAUGGGAAGUCUAUAACAUGGAAUUAAUUUUCUUAGUAUUUGAAAAAGGAGGUUUAGGCCUUAGGGUUUUUCUUUUAAUUGAUUAGGUUUUCCGUGAGAACGCUAGACAAAAAAAUAAAAUGCUGGAAGAAUAUCUACUCUGCUGUGGUUUAUUGAUUUUUGGAGAUCAACUGCACUCUUCGAUUUGCUCCUCGUCAAUUUCAAAAAAUAUCCAGCUUUCUGUAAUUAGGGUUUGCAAUCUUUGGCUUUUUUAGGAUUUAAUUAGGGUUAUCAAUGGCUUCCUGAGCAAUUGGAUUUUGAGUGGACUUCAAGUCUUUGGUCCUCAGGCAUGCAUUCUCUAUAUAGGAUAUACUUAUUUUGUCCUGCAAUAGAUUGAAUGAAAUGCACAGAAGACUCUGGAUUGUUCAGUGAUUUAUUCUUUCUAGUCUGGACCUUCUUCAAAGGAGUUGAUUUGAUAUUUUUUGAAUCUUCUUCGCAAGAUUUAACUAGCCGAAGCUUGUGGAUUUUACCUGAUUUGAAAUUUUUCCUAAGUUCAGAUAUAAUUUGAAGGAAUCAAAUUGGUAUUUGGAUCUUCUUUGGAAGAAAUUGUAAUUGAUUUCUAUACAUCCUUUGUCUAUAGCAUGGAAAUUAAGCAAGCAGCCAGAAGAUAUGAUGAUCACAGUGUGCAAGGAAUUUAUACUCGACAUAGAGGAAAAGCUGCCAGCUUGAAUGUUUACCGUAGAAAUGCCAAGCCAUACCAGGCUAUCUCAGAAGAUCUAUCAAGGAAGAGCUCCAAUCAUGGCCCUAAGAAUUCAUAUGUUAUUACUCCAAAGGCCCAGAAGCAAGAGGAUAAGGUUUGCAAGUACUGGAUUUCAGGUCAUUGUGCCAGAGGCAAUAAAUGCUGGUAUUUACAUUCUUGGUGUCAUGGGGAUGGGUUCACGAUGUUGGCAAAGCUGGAGGGCCACAAGAAGGCUGUUCGUGGAAUUGCCCUUCCUCUAGGGUCUGAGAAGCUCUAUUCUGGCAGUGGUGAUGGAACUUUACGGACAUGGGACUGCCACUCUGGACAGUGUGCUUGUUUGAGUAAUCUUGGUGAUGAAGUUGGUUCUAUGAUUACUGAGGGCCCAUGGGUGUUCGUUGGCAUGAAAGAUGUUAUUGAGGCGUGGAAUACUCAGACGGCACAAGAAUUGAGUCUAAAAGGGCCUGUUGGACAAGUGCAUUCGAUGGUUAUUGCUAAUAAUAUGCUUUUUGCUGGGGCACAGAAUGGUUUUAUUUUUGCAUGGAAAGGCAGUUCUGAGGUGGCGAAUCCUUUUCAACUGGUUGCAUCCAUGGAGGGCCACUCUGGUGCUGUACUAUGUUUAACUGUUGGAGAAAAAAAGUUAUAUUCUGGUUCUGUGGAUCACACUAUAGGGGUUUGGGACACAGAUACAUUACAAUGCAUUAAGACUUUGAAUGGACAUGAGGAUGCUGUGACGUCUCUUCUUCACUGUAAUGGGUGUUUGUUCUCAUGUUCACUGGACUGCAGUAUAAAAGUUUGGUUUGCUACAGUAGGAGAAAAUUGGGAAGUGAUCUAUACUCAUAAGGAAGAAAAUGGUGUGCUUGCACUCUGUGGAAUGAAUGAUGCAGAAACUAAACCAGUUUUGUUCUGCUCCUGCAAUGACAACACCGUUCGCCUAUAUGAUUUGCCAUCGUUCACGGAGAGAGGCAGGCUAUAUUCAAAACGAGAAGUUAGAGUGAUUCAUAGGGGGCCCUUUCCCCUUUUCUUCACGGGGGAUGGAAGUGGGUCGAUAACCGUUUGGAAGUGGUUGUAGGAGCCUGGAGGAGGGGGCCCUUGGAUGAUGAUAAGUCAUGUAUUUAUAUGGAUACGCUGUGCUGCAAAUUAGUGGGCGGCUAUUCCUAUCCUUGAGCAGAAGUCUUGUACUGGCUGUGGCCAAUCAAGUCCAUUUCAUUCAUUCAAUGGAAUAGAAUUACCUUGUUUCGUGUCA